AUGUUAAGUUUUAUUAAUUUUGUAGGAGCUCAGGAGUAUAAGUCAGUAGACAGUGAAACGGUCGGUGUUUCCAUCAAGUUUUUGGUUAAUAAGCUUUCGCUCACUGUUAGUAUGAGUGUAGCAGAAAUUGUCAUAUUCGCUGUUGGGUUGUUAUUCUCGAUUCUAUCCCAUUGUAUAGCUUGGGCAAUUCAUACAAAGGUGUCCAGGGUCCUCGAAAGAUUAAAAGACUGUGACGACAAUUUAAAAUCCGCUGCAAAGCUAGUAGAAAAUAGUUCGACCACCGGAUCAGUGCUUCAAUUGAGUGCUGAGCAGCUGCGAUUCGACCCAGAUGUGAACGAGUUUGAGAGAGAUGUGGCUGUCCUGAUGCUCAAAGAUCCACAACUUACGUACACUGGUGAGACCAUGCAUCGUGCUAAUAAAGCCAAAUCACCUCAAGUUGAAAAUAAGAAGUCGCCCAAAAAAUCUGUUGAAACCGCUAAAGCGAAAAGUGCAGAAGAAGCGGAGCGAGAGCUUGCGAAGCUGGCGGAACAUAAAAUGCCGGGAAAUGCAAGACCUCCAACACCACUCCCGGGAUCAUCGGACGAAGAUAAGAAUCCAGACAGAAAGAAGUUUAAGCCUCCUCCAAACAUAGCAAAGGCAGACGCGAAAGACCCGGCAUAUGAGACGCUGCAAGGAAUAGGUAACGAGCUGUUCAAUGUUGCGAAGCCUGAGAACAAAAGUAAAAGUAAGAAGGUCGAUGCCGCUGCAGAAAAGGAUAAAUUCAAGCAGCCACCAAAGAUCCAGAAAGCCGAUGCAAAAGACCCAGAAUAUGAGACACUAGCUGAUGUUAAAGACGAUAUUUUCAAAAGACAGUAA